AUGGCGCGGUGGGCGCGCUCGCGCGCGCGGGCAGCUGCUGCAAUCGAGGCCGCGGCGCCUGCCCAGGGCUAUGACUCCCAGUCCGCGGCAGAAUACGGGCAGCGAUGCCCCAUCUGCCUGGACGACGUGGUGGGGCAAGCCAGGCUAUCUUGCGAGCAUAUGCUUUGCGCAGAGUGUCUUCUGAGGUAUGUGGAGAGCCUAGUGAACCAGGGCAAAGUUGCUGCCGAGCAGCUUGCAUGUCCUCUACCCUCUUGCCGCACACCCAUCGCGACCAAUGCCCUUGCGGAGCUCCUUCGUCUGCAGCCGAAGGGAGACGACGUUUACCAGCGGCUUUUGGACUUCCAGGCGCAGCGAUUCGAGCCUGAACCUGGCGAUGACGAACGGCUCGUGAAUUGCCCUAGCCCGGGAUGUAUCAAAGUCCUGGUGCCACUCUCGCUGGUCCAAGAGAGAGCCGAUGUCAGCUGUCCUCAGUGUUCCCAGCGAUUCUGUGCUGCAUGUGCACAACCGGCUCAUGCGGGCAGCUGCGAGGAUGCAGAGAUGCAGAGGAUGGAUCCCGCGUUGAGGCGGCUCAUUGCUCAGCAAAAUUGGAAGAGAUGCCCAGUAUGCCGGCAUCUCUGCGAGAGAGAGUCCGGCUGCAACUUCAUGACGUGCCCUUCCGAGCAGUGCAAGGGGGAGACCUACUUUUGCUACCUUUGUGGGGAGAUCCUGGCAGCUUCAGACCACGCCUCCCACUACGAAGGAUUUGACGGCGCCAUUGGGCUGCGAGGACCCUUCGGUUCCGUUUGUAUGAAUCGCCGGGAGCCUGAUUCGUCGCUUCCCUCCCAACCGCCGCCACCACGGCUCAGCGCGGUUGUUCGGGGAGAGGAGGAAGGCUCCAUUGCGCUUCGCUUAACCUGGGCUGACCACAGGAGUGAACCGCCGACUAUCUACUACCGCAUUUGGCUGUCGGUGCCCGGCAGUAAGGAGGUGCACCAUUAUUCAGCGGCAGCGCGAGGGCCGUACUACGACAUCCCGAAAGGCUUGCCAAAGUACAUCCGGUACCAAGCCGCCGUGGCGGCCGUCAACGUGAAUGGCAUCGGCCCUGCCAGCAGCAAAAGCGAG